AAAGAUUGCCUAAAAACAAGGUUACGUAAUAUUUAUUCUCUCUAGAACAAACCAGAAAAGGAAGGAAAACAAAAAAAGAAGAAGAAGAAGAAAAGCUGGAGUCUAUACUUAGAAGCAAUCUUCAGACCAUAUUGCUAAUUCAUAGUUGAUUUUAGCUUCCAGGAACUGUAAAAUCUUCCAUGGGUAAGGAAGACUGUUGCUCAACGCAACUAAUAGAUGCUAAUGGAGAAUUCAACUUCAAAGGUCUACAGAAUUUCGUUAGCUCUGUCAAACUUCCUCGCUGUGGUCUCUCUUAUGCUGUUGUUGCUAUUAUGGGACCCCAGAGUAGUGGGAAAAGUACCUUAUUAAACCAUUUAUUCUAUACUAAUUUUAGGGAGAUGGAUGCUUUUAGAGGAAGGAAUCAAACAACCAAGGGAAUUUGGAUUGCAAAUGCUGUCGGCAUUGAGCCAUUGACCAUUGUCAUGGAUUUGGAGGGUACUGAUGGAAGAGAGAGGGGUGAGGAUGAUACAACAUUUGAGAAACAAAGUGCCUUGUUUGCUUUGGCUGUUGCAGAUGUUGUGCUGAUAAACAUGUGGUGCCAUGAUAUUGGUAGGGAGCAGGCUGCCAAUAGGCCUCUUCUCAAAACAGUAUUUCAGGUCAUGAUGCGUUUGUUUAGUCCCCGCAAAACUACCCUUCUUUUUGUUAUACGUGAUAAAACAAAGACUCCGCUAGAAUAUCUGGAGCCUAUUCUGAGGGAGGAUAUCCAGAAGAUAUGGGAUGCAGUUCGAAAGCCACAUGCACACAAGGACACCCAACUCAGUGAAUUUUUCAAUGUAGAAGUCACUGCUCUACCCAGUUAUGAGGAGAAGGAAGAGCAGUUUAAAGAUCAGGUUGCUCAACUUAGGCAGCUUUUUUUCCACUCCAUCUCUCCAGGAGGCUUGGCUGGCGAUAGGCGGGGUGUUGUUCCAGCCUCUGGUUUUUCUUACAGUGUACAGCAAAUAUGGGAAGUCAUCAAAGAAAACAAGGAUCUCGAUUUGCCUGCUCACAAGGUCAUGGUGGCCACUGUGCGUUGUGAAGAAAUUGCAAAUGAGAAGUUCAGUAGUUUGAUGAUAAAUGAGGACUGGCUAGCACUUGAGCAUGAAGUGAAAGAGGAUGCAGUUCGAAAUUUUGGAAGACGACUAAGCUCCAUCUUAGAUAACUUUCUGUCAGAAUAUGAUGCGGAAUCCCUCUUUUUUGAAGAAAACGUGAGAAGUUCAAAACGUCAACAAUUUAUGUCGAAAGCUUUGCAGUUGGUCCAUCCGGCUUUUGUUUCGCAGUUGGGGCAUCUACGUGUUAAAUCACUUCAAACAUUUAAGAGUCAGCUGGAACAAUUAUUACGUAGAGGAGAAGCAUUUGCGGCAUCUGUUCGUACAUGCUCUGAGUCUUGUAUCACUGAAUUUGAUAAGGGAUGUUCAGAUGCUGCCAUAAGACAUGCUAAUUGGGAUGCUUCAAAAUUUCGUGACAAACUCAUUCGUGAUAUUGAGGCCCAUGUGUCCUCUGUUCGUAAUGAUAAGUUAUCUGAACUGAAGGCCAUUUAUGAGAAACAAAUCACAAUUGCACUUGCUGAACCUGUACAAUCCCUUUUUGAUGUUGGUGGGAGUGAAACAUGGGCCUCAAUAAGAAAGCUUCUAAAACGCGAGACAGAUGUGGCUAUAUCAUGCUUCUGCCCAGCACUUUCCGGCUUUGAAUUGGACCAGUACGCAUUUGACAGAAUGAUGCAAAGUCUGAAAGACUACGCUAGAAGUGUUGUGGAGAAAAUAGCAAGAGAAGAAGCUGGAAAAGUUUUGAUGCAAAUGAAGGAUAGGUUUAAUACUGUGUUCAGCCAUGAUAGCGAUUCAAUCCCAAGGCUUUGGACAGGGAAGGAGGACAUUAAAUCAAUAACAUUGGAGGCCCGCUCUGAGUCUCUGAAGUUUUUGUCUAUAGUGGCUGCCAUACGGUUGGAUGAAAAAUCAGACAGAAUAGAAAGCAUACUUUUCUCCAGACUCUUGGAAGGGAAGAUUUCAAUUUCUUCUCGGAAUAGUGAUAUUGCAGAUUCUUGUGACCCCCUUGCCUCAAGCUCAUGGGAAGAGGUUUCACCAGAGAACACAUUGCUCACACCAGUGCAGUGUUUAUCUUUGUGGAGACAAUUCAUGGCAGAAACCGAGUAUAUUGUUAGUCAAGCUAUUUCAGCACAGUACUCGAUUGACUGGAAAAAAGUAUCAGUCCUGUUCUUAUCUCAGAGAUACUCUGAGUUAUUCUUCAAGCUUUGGAUCUUCUGUCCCAUACUUUCAGUGCGAUCUAGUGUCCAUGCAUAUUUCAAUGACAUGACAGGAUGAUUGAAUCAAAUUGUUUUUGAUUUGACUAGUGGAGCAGCGGUUUCAACUGUCUUAAGCUGUUUUGACCCCCUUCCCCUUUUCCCUUUCUUCUAAAAUGCUAAAAUAUAUUAUACUCUUUACGCUCCCCAUUGAUAGUUGCUUCCUGCCAAAUACAAAGACUAAAACAGCUAGAGCAGAUUUCUGACCUUGCUCUCACUCUUGCUGUUAUCUGCUUUGCUGAAACAAAAGUACCUAAUGCUUCAGUGGCAGACCUAGAAUUGUCAUCGAGGGGGUUCUACAUAUAAAGGGGAUGAACAAAAAAGUCGAUAAGCUAAAUAUUAUUAAAUACUUUAUAAUUAUAUUUAAUCAUUAAUUAAUUUUUUAAAAUAAAUAAUAAAAUUAUGUUAUUUAAUCAAAAAAAUAACAAGGCCAAUCACAAGAAGGGACACUGUUAUGGAAGUAAUGAAACUUUGAAUUUAAACUUGUCAGAGGCAGAAGUGUUUGAAAACUGGGAAUUACUUUUAGCUUUUUUAGAUUUGUUUAAAGAAAAAACCUAAAAGUAGUUUUGUUGGUUAUUAUAAUAGAUAAGGCAACCAAAAGGAUUGAAAAAUUUAUUAAGCAUAGAAGCGCUUUAAAUUGCCAACUUGAAAACACAAUUUGCAUAA